AUGCCGUCUAGCUUGGACCGGGAACUUAAGAGCGCAGCGAUGUUUUGGGAGGUGGCUGAAGUGGCAGCGAGGUGGGUUGCUACCCCCGAGAGGGGCAGGUCGGCUCCCAGCCAGCUGUGCCGUGGCGGGCAUCUAGAUGAUGAUGGGUUGCCACAUGGAUUCUGUACAGUCACCUAUUCAUCGACAGACAGAUUUGAGGGAAACUUUGUGCACGGAGAAAAGAAUGGCCGCGGCAAGUUCUUCUUUUUUGAUGGAAGCACCCUGGAAGGGUACUAUGUUGAUGACGCCCUGCAAGGCCAGGGAAUCUACACUUAUGAGGAUGGAGUGGUCCUUCAUGGCACAUAUGUGGAUGGAGAGCUGAAUGGACCGGCCCAGGAGUAUGACAGUGACGGACGGCUGAUAUUCAAAGGGCAGUAUAAAGACAACAUUCGACAUGGAGUUUGUUGGAUUUAUUACCCGGAUGGAGGCAGCCUUGUGGGUGAAGUGAAUGAAGAAGGGGAGAUGACUGGAGAGAAAAUAGCCUAUGUGUACCCUGAUGGAAAGACUGCAUAUUCUGGAAAGUUCAUAGAUGGAGAAAUGAUAGAAGCAAAACUGGCGACUCUGACAUCUGUAGAGGAUGGGAAACCUCAGUUUGAAGUAGUACCAGGCAGCCCAGUGUACAGUUUUGACAAAUCUACUUCGUCCUGCAUUUCUACAAAUGCACUUCUUCCUGAUCCUUACGAGUCAGAGAGGGUGUAUGUUGAUGUGUCUCUCAUUUCCAGUGCUGGAGAAGGAUUAUUUUCGAAAAUAGCAGCAGAAGCCAGUACAGUUAUGUCCUUUUACAACGGAGUGCGAAUUACACACCAGGAGGUAGACAGCAGAGACUGGGCCCUCAAUGGAAAUACAAUAUCCCUGGAUGAUGAAACAGUCAUAGACGUGCCAGAGCCCUACAACCACGCCGCCAAGUACUGUGCCUCGCUGGGGCAUAAGGCCAACCAUUCUUUCACUCCUAACUGCAUCUAUGACCCGUUUGUUCAUCCUCGUUUCGGGCCUAUCAAGUGUAUCCGUACCAUCAGGGCUGUGGAGAAGGAUGAAGAAUUGACAGUGGCUUACGGAUAUGAUCACAACCCCGUUGGGCAAAAUGGGCCAGAAGCACCGGAGUGGUACCAGCUGGAACUGAAAGCUUUCCAGGCUGCCCAGCAAAAGUGAAAUGGGAGCUCCUUCUCCGUUCAGCAAACUGAAAUAGAAACUUGGAUCUAUGCACUACCUUUAUACUGAAAACUGGACAACCAG